CUCAGCUCCCGCUCCCUCACGUGAUAUAAAUACUCCUAUUCGCCCCUCGCUCGUCCUAUUCUCGCUCUUAUUCCCAUCGUCGUCUUCGUCGAGCGCGCGGGAGAGAGAGAGAGAGAGAGAGAGAGAGAGAGGAGGGGGGGAGCGGCGAGGGUUUCGGCCAUGGGGAGUGCGAUCGACGUGAAGGCGACGUUCCGCGACAUCUACCACCGCCUCAAGGCGGAGCUCCUCGACGACCCCGCCUUCGACUUCACCGACGAGUCGCGCCAAUGGAUCGAUCGGAUGUUGGACUACAAUGUGCCUGGAGGGAAACUAAACCGUGGACUAUCAGUGAUUGAUAGCUACAAGUUGUUAAAAGCCGGUGUUGAGGUCACUGAAGAUGAAAUCUUUCUUGGGUGUGCCCUUGGUUGGUGCAUUGAAUGGCUUCAAGCAUAUUUCCUUGUACUUGAUGAUAUUAUGGACAAUUCUCAUACAAGACGUGGUCAGCUUUGUUGGUUUAGAGUUCCCAAGGUUGGUCUUAUUGCCGUAAAUGAUGGGAUUAUACUUCGCAACCACAUUCCUCGAAUCCUUAAACAGCAUUUCAAGGGAAAACCUUACUAUGUAGAUCUCCUUGAUCUGUUCAAUGAGGUUGAGUUCCAGACGGCAUCCGGACAGAUGCUAGAUCUGAUUACAACUCACGAAGGAGAAAAAGAUCUAUCAAAAUACACACUGCCGGUUUACCGCCGGAUUGUUCAAUACAAAACAGCUUACUAUUCGUUCUACCUUCCGGUUGCUUGUGCGCUGCUAAUGUCUGGAGAAAAUUUGGACAACUUUGUUGACGUCAAGAACAUUCUUGUUGAUAUGGGAACAUAUUUUCAAGUUCAGGACGAUUUCCUAGAUUGUUUUGGUGAUCCUGAAUUUAUUGGUAAGAUUGGAACUGAUAUUGAAGACUACAAGUGCUCUUGGCUAGUCGUGCAAGCUCUCGAGCGUGCUGAUGAGAGCCAGAAGAAACUUUUGUCUGAGAAUUAUGGAAAGGCAGAUUCAAAAUGCGUUGCAAAAGUGAAGGCUCUGUAUAAGGAUCUCAAUCUUGAGGGUGUAUUUGCGGACUACGAGAGCAAGAGCUAUGAAAAGCUAAUCUCGUCGAUCGAAGCCCAGCCGAGCAAAGCCGUGCAGGACGUGCUGAAGUCCUUCUUGCAUAAGAUCUACAAGAGGCAGAAGUAGAAGCUCCAUCGAAAAUCGACAACCGGUCGGGAAGUGCUCGUCAUUGUUUCUCUUCAUCCAUCAAUCCUAUUUCGCCUGCUGCUAUUUAUGUCUGCAUGCAUGCACCCUAUUUCUUUCACGCAGUAUCGAACUACUCGAUGUUUCUUUGGGAUUUUUCUCUAAUUUAGUCCCCCUUAUGAUUAGAGUACACUUCUUAUGUUUCUCUAGGUUUGGGUUUCAGUUUAUAUGAUUUGAAUUCAAAAGUUGGAUCUAGCCUGAAUAAGAAUCAGAUGGGUUAUAAGAGCCGGAUUUGGAUCCAGCGUUGAUUCAAUGGGACUGAAUAUAUAAUUUUAGAAGCAUCUUUUUUUUUAGUAACUUACGCUUUUAGAGACGUAUAAUUAUUUCACGUUAACAUGGUAUCAAAGCAUGAGGUUUUAA